AAAUGAGGUAACAAAAGCUUACGACCACAUUUUACUUUGAUCGAGAGGAUAUUCCAUUUUUAUAGGUUCCUUACAUCCACCUUCAACCACUCUCCUUCUCACCUUCUCUCUCUCUCUCUCUCAUCUUCGAGUAUCAUUAAAUUUCGUCGCAGGUAAACAACGAAAGAGGGAACAAUCGGUUGGAGCAAAGACACCAAACCCAGAAAUUAAGGUUUGUUUAUGUACCCUUAUGGAUGCCUAUUUCGUAAGUCUGGAAUAUCUCUUCUGUACCCUUUCUGUAUUUAUUCGGUAGAUUAUCUAUCGUGGUUUCAGCUCCGACGACAACGAAUCGAACUGCUUGUAAGCUUUUUAUGAUCGGUUUAUCAGUUGGGGGUUUGGGGUAUCAGGGUUUUUCGUAUAAUCUAUGCAUUUGUGCAGUUGGGUAUAUUUGUCUGCGGUGAUUAUUUCGCCCUUUUUAUGUAUCGGAUGGUAAUGUGAUGAUAUCUGGAUAGGGUCUGGUGAAGAACGAAGGUUAGGGCUUUUGGGUUUUGUUUUGACAGAGAACUUUGGUGGAUUGCUUCCAUUUGAAAGAACAGUUUUUUUUAUUCUUGGGGUCCGUUGAUUCUUAUCAUUUUGGGAAAUAUAGGUGUGGGUUAGAGGAUAAUGUGUAUACUGUGCGUCGUACAGAAGUGGUCUCGGCGGGUUGCCACCAUGCUUCCGUGGUUAGUGCUUCCACUUAUAGGUCUAUGGGCGUUGUCGCAGUUGUUGCCGCCGGGUUUUAGAUUUGAGGUCACCUCUCCCCGGCUGGCUUGUGUUUUGGUUCUUUUGGUUACCCUCUUCUGGUAUGAGAUUUUGAUGCCUCAGCUAUCAGCUUGGCGGGUGCGCAGGAGCGCCAGACUUAGAGAGAGGAAGAGGUUUGAAGCCAUAGAGAUGCAGAAGCUUCGGAAGACAGCCAUCAGAAGAUGCCGGAACUGCUUGAAUCCUUACCGGGAUCAGAAUCCUGGUGGGGGAAAGUUUAUGUGUUCUUACUGUGGUCACGCCUCAAAAAGGCCGGUUCUUGACUUGCCAGGGCUGGGGCUUACUAGGUCUGGUCUCAUAGGAGAUUUAGUUGGCAAGAGUGGGAGGAUGUGGAAUGGAAAGGUUUGGUCAGAAAAUGGUUGGAGUUGUGGUCCAGAUUGGUUAGAGAAUGGCAACUGGGUUGGUGGGUCUUUCUCAGGGAAUGUGAAUUAUUGGGAGAAGGGAGGUGGAUUUUUUGGUGGUGAUGACCGAUGUCUGGCGGAGAAAUCUUAUUCUGGUGUUCUUAUGAUCACUUGCAAGCUGUUGACCUCCUCCUUUUUUAUUAUAAGGUGGCUUUGGAGAAGGAUUUUUAGGAUCAGCACUGCAAGGGGGAACGCUUCACUGGAUGGAGAGCACAAAGGGAUGCUGCCUAAGAAUGGUGAAAACGGGGGAAAUUUUCACGAGAGCAGGGGAGAUAAGGCUCGCAGGAGAGCCGAAGAGAAGAAACAGGCUAAGUUAGAGAAGGAGCUUUUAGAGGAGGAAGAAAGGAAACAGAGGGAAGAGGUUGCGAGGUUAGUGGAGGAACGUAGGAGACAGAGAGACGAGAAGAUGGAGGCAGAAAAAGAGCGUAGCAAAGGGUCAACUCCUGACAGGGAAAAGGAUGGUAAAAGAGAAUCUGAAAAGAAGAGUCAGGAGAGAAGGAAAGAAAAAGACAAAGGGUCUAGUAAGAGCAAUUCUGAUGGAGAGGAGUUGGAAAAGAGGGUUGGGAAGGAAAGUGAAAAAAAGCGAGAAUUUGACAAGAGGACUGAAGUUGAAAGACGAGAAGCUCAAAAAAAUACUUCUGAAAGCUUCAGGACUCAGAGCUUGGAAACCGCACAUGGUGUAAGGGUUACCAAUACAAACAAUUUUAGUAAGGGCGGUGGUGGUAGUAGAUACCUGGAUCGUGAGAAGGGUUCAUUUCUUUCUUCUUCUAAAGGCUUUAAUGGAUCCAGUUUCUUUGGGAAGGGAGGCCAUGCUGCCGUUACUGUUGUUCCAAAAAACAACUCUAAUGGUUCUAUGGAUCAUGUUCAAGCCACCGGUAAUCGAAGAGAGGUACACUUGAAUGAACAUCCAGCUGGGAAAAUAAAUUUGAAUGGAGAUGAUAAGGUCACUGAUGUCAGUUUCCAACGUCCGGUGGUUUCAGAGCCACAGCCAUGGGCAGCCCCAAAAAAAUCAUGGCAGCAAUUAUUUACUCACUCGUCAGCAGUUCCACCACCAUCCAAUGUGAAUACAAUAAGCAGACCAAACCAUAAGCCCCAAGCAGAUGUUCGAAGUUCAUAUUUACCUGGUCAAGCUCCGCCACUACAUCCUUUGGAUAACCCAAUCCAAUUUGGAGUAUCAUUGCCUUAUAAUCUUUCCCCAUAUCCAAGUUGUUCAAUAAGUAGUGGUUUUGUUUCUUCGGCAACUGAGCCCAAUUUUCCUCUUGUUGGAGAACCUGCACAUGAGUAUGUUCCACAAGAGCCAGAGCUUUUUGAAGACCCAUGUUAUGUCCCUGAUCCGGUUUCCUUGCUUGGGCCUGUUUCAGAGUCCCUUGACAUUUUCCCAUUGGACCUGGGGAGUGGUUUUGUUGCGGAUACUGGAUUUGAAAGGCCUUGGUCUUUGCAGAAUGCUUCUGUUUCAGCCGAAAUUAACAGGCCAUCUCCAAUUGAGUCGCCUAUGUCACGUGUACGGGUUGCUGAAGAAAGGCAAAACACCUCUAACCAGUUCCCAUAUACUCCAAAGGCACAUGAUCUGCAUACUUCACCUACAGAUGUAUCAAAUAAUAUAAAUGAACAGGGGACAUGGCAGAUGUGGGGCACACCUCCACUUGUACAGGAUGGACUUGGUUUGGUAAGUGGGUCAGCAAGCUGGGUUUUACCCUUGGGCCAGAACAAGUCAAACCAGGAAGAGGCUAUGCUUCCUUCAUCCCACAAGGCUAUGAUGUCACCGUUUGCAACGGAUGAUAAUGUCCUUCCUGGCAGUUUCUCACCACGGAAAGUUCAUCUUGGUAGUUGCCAGAAUGGUGGGAUGUUUAAUCCUCUAGGUCCUGGAUUGAACAAUAAUGGUGUAUGGUUGCCAAAAGCUGUCUGCCAGUCAUUGUCAGUUGAUGGAGAAAAUCAUAUCCCUCCACAUAACCCUCAUGAUGAUAUUUCUCGAAAUGAAAUGACAUAUGGUAGCCCAAGCAAAUUUGGAACCGGCCUUCCGUUUGAACCAUCUCCUGCCAAUUGUUGGUCCAAAAAGGAUUGGGAUGUUCAUGGUUCAAGGGAAAACUUUGGAAACUCAACCUCGGCAAGGCCUGUGAUUGGGGGCCUAUUUUCCAGACCAGAUGUACAGUCGCUUUGGUCAUUUAAUUGAAGAGGGAGAGGAAAAAAAAAGAAAAACAGAAAAGAAAAAGAAAAUGAAAGAAGAAGAUUGGAAAAGACAUUAACAUUUGGAAUCAGGUUUUUUGGCCGGACACACCAAUAUGGAAUCUAUGGACGGGCAUUUAGUUCUGCCUCAUCGCAAGUUAGAUGCAAUUGAAAUGUUAUGAAAACGUAGACUUCAAGGACCCUGUUUUAGCCAAAUGGAGAUGGCCAUGCGGCAAAAUAAAGCAUUGAAAAAUAUGAUUACAAAGUGGUAUGCCAAACAUGGGAGUUCUAGUGAUCAAAACUUUAGUCUGAAAUUCGAUAAUGUGGCCAGUUCUAAUCAUUCCUUAGAUGUUCAAUUGUCGGAAUUGCCACAUCAGCUUUCUGCAAGGAAAGGUAGAUAAUGCUGAUCCAUAUAUUAUUCCAUAUAAGUGAGCCCGUCCAUAAAACCUUCAACGUUGACAUUAUCCCCUCCCCCAUCUGUUCUGAAAGGCAAGCAGCCUAUUUUAAGAUUUCAUAAACUGGUUGCUUUGUAUCUUUUUUGUAAAAGAAAUUGGUGGUCGCAUACAUUUUAUAGGAUGAAUAUGAAAUGAGAGAUGGCAUGCAUAUUUCCUCUGAUGUAGGUCAUAACUAUUAAAGUGAACUAUUUUUUGAGUCAAACUGGAUUAUAGUUAUCAGUUACAAUGGA